AUGGCUCCAGAAGUGAUAGCAUGCGAUGAGAAUCCAGAAGCGACGUACGAUUCGAGAAGUGAUCUCUGGUCAUUAGGUAUCACUGCGUUGGAGAUGGCUGAAGGGCAUCCUCCGCUUGUUGAUAUGCAUCCGAUGCGUGCACUCUUCCUCAUACCCCGAAAUCUUCCGCCGCGAUUGAAACGAGGCAAAAAGUGGUCAAAGAAAUUUGAAUCGUUCAUUGAGACUGUAUUGGUGAAGGACUAUCACCAGAGACCAUAUACGGAUCAACUAUUGCGACAUCCAUUCAUCCGAGACCAGCCACCUGAACGACAGACGCGUAUUGCGAUUAAAGAUCAUCAAGACCGACAUCGAAGAAUCAAUGCUAAAAAAGAUGAAACAGAAUAUGAAUAUUCGGGUAGUGAUGACGAUGAAAAUCAUCACGUGCAAAACGCUAAAGUUGCUGAUCUUGGAGCUGAGAUGGCAAGUGUGAUGCAGUCGGGUCAUGAGAAUACUUUGAGGAAAGGCUUUCAAAGAUUACAAGAGAACAAUAAGUUCGAUCAAGUACAAGCCCAGCAGCAAGCAUCGUCCAAACAACGCAUAUCCGUAUCAAAUGCGAAUCCACUCUCAAUGCAGCAGUCUGCAGCCAUGCCUUCGUCACACCAUCAUCACCAUCACCAUUCACCACAACAAAUCAAACAUCCACCUUCAUCGCAACAAUUCCAUAGACCUCCAUUCGGUUUGGGUGCGAGUGAGUCAUCACCACGCGAUCAUGUCAAAAUGCGACAACAACAAGUCGAUCCACGAAUGGCACUUAAUAACGGCGUAUCACCGCAUCAGCGAUAUGCUCCCGAACAGAAUCGUCGAUCACAACGACCUCUCUCGCAUCAUCAGACUAGAGGUAUCUCACCGCACCGAGCUGCGGCAAUGAUCGGACCCCCACAAAAUCAUCCGGCCGCACCGCAUCUGGCUGAUUUGGCGAAUUACGAGCGUAAGCGACGGAGCGAGAAGGAGGCGGCUCGUGCUGCGCGUGAUCGCAGUGCGGCAUCAAGGGAUCAAUUGCGCAAUGCACCGCAUAUCACCCGUGUGAGUGCGUCGAUCGCUGCCCCAUCGCCGAUGAGAAAAAUGAGCGAACCGAUGCUCAACGGAAGACCUGAGGUUAGUCAGCUGACGCAUUGUAUUCGAAAAUGGAAGUGGAUGAGGUCGUUAACAGUGUAUUGUAAAAAUUCGCAACAACCUCCAGAAUCAGCGGAAAUGAUAAUUGGAUGUGAAGAGUCGAGUAGUAGUGAAGGUUCGAAUAACUCGUCACCGGAGGAUUCACCUUUGGAUGCACGUAAGAGUGUUUCUCGAUCAUCCGGCUCACGUUGUGCGGUUCUGCCAGAUUUAUUACCCAAAACGGCACCAUCAGUGGAUCGUAAUCAAGCGCCGUCGAUUUCAUUCGCAAACGAUCACGGUUCAGCGAGUAUCGAAUCACAAAGUAUUGACGAGGUGAGUCUUGAUUUCUUUGAAGAUGUCCACUGA